GCACAUUUCUAAACAAUCACCAAAAUACAUCGGUUCUGGAAUGAUUUGAGCAUAGUUGCGUUUAUAUCACCAAAAUCAAUAUUAUUUAAUUUUUUACUUUUGAGCAGAGAAUUAUAAAUUCUGGAGGUUUUAGUCCCAUUUGCAGAUAAUGCUGAUGAGCUCAUCCUUAGAUUUUGUCAACUUGCAUAAAUUAUAGGUUAAUUCGACGAAUUCAGUACCUAUGAGAAAUCCCAGAGAGAUCGCAACAAAGAUGUCCAUGUAGAACUGGGAAUUUCCCUCAACUCUACCAAUAUUCUACUGUAUUCGGGAUCUCCAUGUAAAUUGAGUUUCUGGAGGAUAGAUAAUUCAAGUCAAGGUAGAGGAUUCAACACUCAUUAGCUGGAAGCUGGUCGAGUCAAGACCCGCCUCGUAGGCAUCGAACGUCAUGCUGUGCUCAAUUGUAGAGCUCAUCGGUACUAUUAUUUGUGCUCUUAUAUUAAGAUAGAGAUGGACAUUCAUCUCAUAUAUACAUAAUGAAAUAACGCAUAAAAUCAUGUCAAAGAUGUUGGAAUUCUCUCUUAGCAGUUAUUAUCUUUCGGAGAGUUAGGAUUAGUAAAAUAAUAUUCAUAUUAUUAAAGCUUGACGAUCAAAUCAAUGAGACUAGCUAUCAGGACCUAUUGUUUGAUUUUUGAUUUGCUCUCCAAUCAUUUAAACGUGCAUUCUCCUAGUAACCUUACCACGUAAUACUGUAAUACAAAAUCAAAUAAAAUUGUAUCAAAUCAAAAAAUAGAGCUGUUUCAGCUACAGUGCUCCCGGAUCUCUUGCGGAAUGAUGUUUGCUUGGGAACAACUUCGCUAAACGGCAUUUUAUUAGUUUCAAAACCUCUCUCCAGUGGUUCAAAACUGUAAAUCCAUUCAGUUCUCACCAUCAUCAUCAUCAUCAUCAUCAGGGAUGAUAUACGCCAAUACCGACGCACAAGCUUAUCAACCUUAUGCUUUAUGUGGACAUCAUCUUCAGCAAAAAUUGAUUCAAUUACGCUGUUUUACGUGUGAAAUGAAAUUCGUGUGCAACGUUUAGCUCGUGCGCAAGAAGCAUAAAUCCGAACUAUAAAACAGGCUCAGCCGGUGAUUGAACUCAAGGUGGUCCAUUACAUGCGGAACCAUAUAAUUAGCCUGGGAUAAUUGGUGUGCAAAUUCAAUAAUUCGUGUAAUCUAUCGAGGAUUGCUGCAACAUAAACCAGAAGCUUGUACGUAGGUGGUAUUAAACCGAGGGAUGUUUAUGUAUACUGGUAAGAGGUGACCUAUUGAUGAUUAGACUUUUUACGUAUGUGUAGUGAUGCUCUACGUUAGCGUGUUGUGCUUGAAUCCAAGCUGUUGGGACGCGGGGCGGUGUGAUACUCCCUCAGGGCUUGAUGGCCGACUGAUGACUGACGUAGGUGUGUGUGUAACGAGUCACAAUUUGUGUGAGUGUGUGUGCGGAAGGUAACUGACAGACGUUGCGUCUGCUGUAGCCGAUACUUUCCAGGAAUCAGGAUGUGUUUGGUUAGUAAAUUUCAUAUGCAAGCAACCGGGAAAACGUGCUCGCUUUCUUUGCUGCUUAUAUAGGAUUCACCUAUUCGCUUGACCAUCAUUCGUACGCCAAACGCCGAAGUGUCGUCGUGUAAUCAUCUAUAAUCAACCAUUGUCUUGUGACCAUCCGAAAUUAUCUACCGUUGGCUGAUCAUCUUACUUCCUUCGAUCAUCAAUCAUUUCGUAAUCAUCUAUCUUUGUGUGAUCACUUAGCGUUCUGUGACCAAUCAUACAUACAUCGAUCACAUAUCUUCUUUACAUAUCAAUCAACCAAGUUUAUCUAUCCAUUCCUUCGUUCGCAACAAUGUGUGCCAGUGCAAAGAGGAAUAUAAGUCUGAUCAUCUUGUUCACCAUAGUGGGUCCAGUGGCCAUUCUGUCUCACCCCGUCUACGAAUCCGAUUACCAGUUUGAACGCACCAUGAACGAGCUCAAUGGUUUUACGGUGUGCCCUUUCACCAGUCACAACGUCACAACUGGUGGAAUUCCGGAAGUGGUGCCUGAAUACAGGUGUCAGACGAACAAGAUGAGUGAUAAGAACGACAACAGUGUUGGCAAAUGCAUGAAGGGUCGCGAAUGUGUCCAGGGCACUUCAACAAUCAUGAUUAAAAUGGCGGACAGAGUAGACCCAGUCCCGAAGACCUUUUACACGGGUUGCUUUUGUGUCAGUCAGACCGUCUCAUCCCCAAAACCAGCAUCGAAGCCAUCCAUCUCGCAAUAGUGAUAAGAACAUCAAUCGUCUCAACUGACAGUACACUAGUAUACACGGUUCCUGAAAAAAACUACCUAGUCAACCGGUAAACAUAAUCUAGAAUUAAGAAAAAUCUCUUCCAUCAAUUCAUUAUGCUUUCAUUAUUUAUCUAUGUAAAAUUUACAAUAAUUCUCCAAAAUUUAUAAAAUUCCCAAUGUAUAAGAUAUUGAUAAUGAUGUAACAAUCCGUAUCUACUGUAAAACUUAUACCCCCCUCUGUAUGCACCCCUGAAUAAUAAUUUCAAAUAUACAUAGCAAAUAGCUUUUGAAAGUAUUGCCGGAAAAACUUAUACGCUUAAGGAAUACAAUUCCUAAAUUUCCUAUAUUAUAUUAUUCACUGUCUAAUGUAAUAACUGUUUUUCAAAUUGUAUGCUCAAGCUUUAAUAAGUAAGUAUUUAUGAACUGGAGCUGUGAUUAGUGAUUAAUUAAUAAUG